AUGGGGAGAUUUGAACUAGCCCAGAAAGCAGUUGCUUUGGCUGAGAAAAGACUGCCAGUUGAUUAUUGGCCUGAAUACUACGAUACACGCACUGGAAAAUUUAUUGGAAAACAAGCCCGGAUGUAUCAAACAUGGACCAUAGCUGGUUUCCUUACAUCCAAGAUGCUUUUGAAAGAUCCUGAGAUGGCAUCCAGAUUAUUUUGGGAGGAGGAUUAUGAACUUCUAGACAUAUGUGUUUGUGGACUUAGCAAGACUGGCAGGAAAAGUAUUCCUCUCGGUAAGGGCUCACUCCAAAAGGCACGCGUGCUGUUCGACGAAAUGCCUCACAGAAAUGUGGUCACCUGGACGGCCAUGAUCACAGGAAACAACUCGUGCAACCACUAUAAGAGUGCAUGGAAUGUGUUUCCUCAAAUGCUCAGAGAUGGGGCGCAGCCCAACGAUUUCACCAUAUCCGCUGUUUUGAAGGCCUGUAAGGGUUUGAAAGCUCUUUUAUGUGGCCAAUUAGCUCAUGCUUUGGCCAUCAAGGUUGGUGUCCAAGGAUCAUCCAUAUAUGUUGAUAACGCACUCAUGGAUAUGUAUGCCACUUGCUGUGCUACCAUGAACCAUGCAAAGAUGGUUUUUGAGGAUAUCACAACUAAAACUGAUGUCUGCUGGACUACUUUUAUCACUGGGUACACUCAUAGAGGAGAUGCCUAUGGUGGUCUUCGAGUUUUCUGUCAAAUGUUUCUGGAGGAAGGAGCACUGAGUCCCUUUAGCUUCUCAAUUGCAGCUAGAGCUUGUGCCUCAAUUGGUUGGUGUUUUUUGGGCAAGCAAGUACAUGCUGCAGUGGUUAAGCAUGGAUUUGAGUCCAACCUUCCUGUCAAGAAUUCCAUACUGGACAUGUAUUGCAAGUGUCAUUCUGUUUCUGGUGCAAAACAAUUAUUCUCUGAAAUGAGUCAUAAAGAUACCAUCACAUGGAAUACCUUGAUAGCUGGAUUUGAAGCAUUGGAUUCCAGAGUCUCUCUCUGCAUAUUUUCACAAAUGGUCUCAGAAGGUUUUAGUCCAGAUUGCUUCUCCUUUACUAGUGUGCUAGGUGCAUGUGCAAACUUAGCAGUUCUGUAUUGUGGGCAACAGCUUCAUGGUGUAAUCGUUCAUAAAGGCCUUGAUAACAACUUAGAAAUAUCCAAUGCCCUUAUUUAUAUGUAUGCCAAGGGUGGAAAUAUAGCGUAUUCACAUAAAAUAUUUAGCAAAAUGCCGUGCACAAAUUUGGUCUCAUGGACUUCAAUGAUGAUUGGAUAUGGGGAUCAUGGAUAUGGUAAAGAGGCGGUUGAGCUAUUCGAUGAAAUGGUAGGAUUAGGUAUUAAACCAGAUAGGAUGAUGUUUAUGGCAAUUCUAAGUGCAUGUAGCCAUGCUGGACUAGUGGAAGAAGGGCUGAGAUAUUUUAGAUUAAUGACCAACUGUUAUCAUAUAGCACCAGAUAUAGUGAUAUAUGGAUGUGUGGUGGAUUUGCUAGGUCGAGUUGGAAAAGUGAAGGAAGCUUAUCAACUAAUAGAGAGUAUGCCAUUUGAGCCAGAUGAGUCUAUCUGGGCGACCCUUCUUGGAGCUUGUAAAUUGCAUAAACAAUCUAGAGUGGCCAAAUUAGCAGCUUUGAGGGCUUUGGAUAUGAAGCCAAUUAAGGCAGGAACUUAUGCCUUGUUAUCAAAUAUUUAUGCAGCUGAAGGCGACUGGGAUGAUUUUGCUAGCUUAAAAAAACUGAGGAGAAGUAUUAAAAAUAAAAGUGACUCGGGAAGGAGCUGGAUUGAAUUGAAAGACCAGGUCUGCAGUUUUGUUGUUGGAGAUAGAUUUGUUUCUUCCAAUAAAGAGGUGUGUGAAGUUCUGAAAUUGUUGAUUUUGCAUAUUAAAGAUGUUGAUAUGGACAAUGUACAUGAUCUGGAAGAUAAGAAUGAUCACUUGAAUGGAAGCUGA